UUUAUGGUAAAAUAACUCGGGUACCACUAAACUAUGAGAAUUGGAGGAGCCAUACUUAAAUAAGAAUAGGGCAUCGCGUGCCGCUGAACACUAUUAUAUGUGCACCCGGUACCACUUAAGUUUACAAUCAAGUGCAUUCCAUUCUUUUCUAAAUUUAAGAAUUAAUCCUUCUACUUUUCUUAUUCUAAAAAAAUCCUCUGAAUUUAUGAGAAACAUCAUUUUUAUUGUUUAGUUGGAAUUCUCUUCACCAAAUCAGUUUUUGAAUAUGAAAUUUAGAAUCAAUUAUCUAUAUAAAUAUUUUCAAUUACUAAUAAUUGAAUUAUCUCCUGAAGCAAAUAUAUUCUAGGAAUUCUGUCUCGAUAUAAAUAAUAUAAAGAUGUUAGAUUUAGUUCUCUUACAUCAUGCUGAUGUUGUCUAAAUUUCCAUGUUAAAUCUCCUUAUAAUUAUCUAAUAUUAUAUUAUAAGUGUUGCAUAUUAGCUAAAUUUACUAAUUUUAAUUUUAUGCCUAUAGUCAUAUUUUCUUUUCUACAUUUUUUAUUGAAUGUCGUAGCUUUUAUAGUUUACUUAUUACUUGGUUACUUUCCGUCUCUUUCCGUUUUAAUUUUUUUCAAUUGCCGGAAUAUGUUUAAUUAUUUUUUACUGUGUUUCAUUUAUCUUUCUUUGGUCUUGAUGUAUUGAUAAUCGAUUAGGUUCUACUUUAGCUGUUUUUAGUGCUUGCUUCUAAUUGUAUUAGAAGUUUAAAUAGGUCUUCCAAUAUUGAUUUUAAAUAAUUAUUAUUUCUUAUUGAUAUUCGUUUAUUAUUUUUUUUAUCUAUUUUAUUAAAAACAAUUCACUAGCAAUCUAGUAAUAGUAUGUUUAGAAGGUUUUCUAAUUUUAUAUUAGAUAAUAAUUGUUGAAAUAUAGUUUCGAAAGUUUUUAAAAUUUUUGGAUAUCAAAAGGUAAUUAAAAGUUUCGGUUGGAUGGAAAACUAGACUGAUGCACAUUUUGGCAACUUUAAUGGUACACGUAGCCCUAUUCAUACUUAAGUGGUAUGUCUACCCCAAUUUUCAAAUUUAAGUGGUUUCCGAGGUAUUUUACCCUAUGCUUCAAUAUUCUUUAAUAAUUAUCUAAACUGAUUAAACUUUUGCUUCAUAAUUUGAUUGUUGUUUUAAUGUAAUCGGUUCAGUGAAUUAAUUUGGAGACCAAAGAAGGAGAGACAAGUGCUCCGAAAACCUAGGAGCGAGGACACCUGACGAACUAAAACUAGGGUUUCACCAGGACUCAUGUCGGCGGUGGCUUCACCACUGGCUGAGGGAGACUCCGAGGAUCCUCCUCCGGCUGAGACGGUGGCUGGGCAGCAACAUCCACCCAUAGAGUUAUCUUCGCCGAACUCUAAGACAGAUCGAGAAUCACAACAUACGAAGAAACGAGCCAAACCAACGGUGAUGCAGGUAGAAAACAAUGACACAGAAGACGAGAUGCUGAAGGAUGCCCCAAACGGGAACCAAUGCAGGGAAUGACGUUCGGCGGUAGUAGUUAAGGUGCUGGGCAGCUCUGUGUCAGACACGAUAGUUGCAAAGAGACUUAAUAUUAUCUGGGCAAAGGCGAGAUCGAUCCAAGUCACUUCAACAAAGAAUCGGUUACUUCCUUGUACGUUUCACAAGCGAGAUUUAUGAACGAGCGGUGACGGGAGGGCCCUGGUUGGUGGGAGAAAACUACUUAACAUGCCACCCCUGGACAAAACAUUUCGAUCCUUAUAAUCAUGAGAUAUCCUCAAAUCUGGUUUGGGCUUGGUUGCUGGAUAUUCCUAUCUAAUAUUUCCACCCUGAAGCAUUUUUGAAGGUCGGGAGGCGAAUUGGAAAACCAAUCCGGGUAGACCAUGCUACGAAAACACGGGAGCUUGCAGCGACUAUGCCUGGGUGUGUAUUCAAGUGGAUAUCACGACUAUCUCAAUACAAUCCAUGGGAAGAAAUUUUAUUGAUGUGACUUGAAUCGGAAUAUCAGUCGCUUCUCAUACUCCUCAAUAUAGUGAUAACUGGCUCUCUCCUGUCUGUGGACUAGCUAACAAACAUUGUGUUAGUGAACCACAUAAAUAAUUUGUCAGUGUGCUUUUUGUUUUUUUCGUUUUCAGGCUUUGUCGAAUCCUCCGAUUUUCCGAUCUGUAGCAGCACAGUUAUAACAAAUACUUCAUUCAAUAUGAAGGGUUGGAGAAGAUAUGUUUGCAAUGUGGAAUUUCGAGAGAUCUAGGUGUUAUUGUACCAAGCCGGCGACUCCAACGGAACCUGAAGUGGAGGUGGAAUACCAAUUUUUUCCAUGCGAGAACAAUGUAUAUGAGGCUUUUGUUCCAUCCCAAGGUCUUCGACAAAGAUGUACCUUAUCCCCUUAUAUAUUACACUAUGUAUGGAGCGAUUAGGGGAUCUUAUUUCUGCGACAGUGGAGAAUGGAGCCUGGAAGACGAUUAAGCUAUCCCGACAUGGGCCAACACUAUCUCACUUGUUCUUUGCGGAUGACUUAAUACUCUUCAGUGUGGCCUCAUUGGAACAAGUUCAGGUUAUAACGCAAUGCUUGGAAGAAUUUGGCGUGGCUUCGGGGCAACAAGUCAGCAAACCGAAGUCUAGAGUUUUCUUUUUCAAGAAUGUGUCAGCAGCGGAGAGUAGAGUGUUGCGUGGAGAUUUAGAUAUCCCUGAAACCCAUAAUCUUGGAUGAUAUCUGGGGGUUCCUGUUAUCCAUGAUAGGGUAUCAAAGCCACAUUCACAAAGCUGAUUAACCAAAUUGACUCGUGGCUUGCAGGGUGGAAGGCGUCGUCGCUAGUCAUGGCGGCUUGCAUCACUCUUGCCCAGUCGGUCCUGUCCUCAUUGCCCGCAUAUACCAUGCAAACAUACUUCCUACCUGAAUCUGUGAGAGAAUAUAUUGAUAGAAAGAUCCGCGAAUUUAUAUGGGGUAGUUCAGACCAAGGUGGGAAGAUAAAUUUGGUUGACUGGAAUACUAUUAAUUAUCCAAAGGAGGCAAGAGGUUUGGGGUUUUCAAGUGCUACUAGGAUGAAUGAAAACCCCAAACCACGGGACGAUGUGGAAAAUCCGGUAUGGCGAGUUAUAUGGAGAAUUCAAGGUCCCAGCGCACCCGGGCGCUCUUUUGGCUGGUUUUGCAUGACAGUCUACUUACAAAUGCAGAGCGAUGUCAUUAGGCAUCUAGCACUAUCCGAUGUACGCCGCCUUUGUGGUGACGAGCCCGAGACUACUUUACAUGUGAUUCAAGAUUGUUCUUAUGCUAGGUGAUGGAUGAGCUAGAUGAUACUUUCUUCGAUGGGAACAUGAACAAGUGGGCGCUUCAUUAUUUGGGCGACCGUAGCUUGACAAUUGAUUCGUCUCUCUUUGGAGGAGGCUUAUAACACACGCUAAGUUAGCCGGGAUCAAACAUGGUCUUCAGCUUGCUUGGGGAUCAAUGCCUGAGAAAGGUAGUAGUGCAAACAGAUUCCGCCACGACAGUCCAAUUAAUCAGGUCAGCUCCC